AUGACGGAUAAGCGCAACUGCAUAAGAGAAACAUCAAUCAUUCAUGCCACCCUAGCUACCUCACGAAAAGGACUGAAGGAGUACACGGUGGGCAAAAACCAAAGCGGCCAGCGGUGCUCCGGGAUGGUGAGUUUUGACGUCCCGGGGUCUCCUCCCGCUGGGCGGCAGUUCGGACCCUUCACACCCGCAUUUCCGAGCGGCGAUCACCACUGGAAGGAGAGAAAGGGCUGCAGUGAGACCUGGGCCAGCAAGGGCGCGCGCCCGGGGAUGAGUGCAUCCGAAGGUCCCCGGGCGCGGGGGGGAGGGAGGGCUGCUCGCGGGAGGUUCGGUUCCCCCAAAUGCCAGCUGCCCCCUCCGCACCCGGAUGCGGGAGAUGAGCUAUUCCCGUCCAGGGAAUGGCGAAAAGCCUCCUUCCCAGGUGCUGGAGGGGACCCCAAAGCUUCCUGUUGCUGCCGCUGCGAACGGGUGGUGCUCCCCGCACGCCGCACCCGGGGUGGCCUCCGGGUCUGUGCCUGCGAACGACAGCACCAGCAACAGAUCUUCACCGCGCCGAAAACUUGCAAUGCGGUUGAGAAGGGGUGCGGGCGCGGGGGCGGGCAACAGCGAGCAUCUCCACCGCCAGGCGCCCCUCUGGAUUUAGGCCGUGAGCAGCCGCGGCAGCAGCUCGAGACAAAAAUAAACUCUCCCCACCCAAAGCUCUGCGCCCAGCAGGCGGCGGCGCAGCUCGGAGUCCCGACUCCCUCGCGCAGCGCAGCGCCGCUUCAACCCACCCGGGAGGUCUCCGAGGGUCCGCUUCACCCGGAGCGAUCAGAUGUGUGCGUGAGCGCCGAAGGCGACACUGCCCCGGGGCGUGCGCAGCGCCAGGGCAGCCCGAACUCGCAGGGCUGCUUCCCUCCGCUGGCAGGGCGGCUCCGCGGGGAAUGCGGCUCUGCGCCGCCGGCACACGCCCCCAAACGGCCGGAAAAAAAAAAAAAAAAGUUCGGCUUCGGGGGCUCCCCAAGUCCUACUCGGGUCCGGGUGAACACCGGUGAAGAGGGGGAGAACGGCAGCUCAACCCUCAAGGGGCGGCUCGCUCCCAGCACCUCGCUUCUCGGCUUCUAG